AUGUCCAUUCUUGUCACCGGCGCCACGGGAUUUAUUGCCGCCCAUUGCAUUGACCAGCUGCUGAAAAACGGCCACAGCGUGAUUGGAACGAUCCGAAGCCCCCAGAAGGGCGCCGCUCUGGAAGCCGCCUUCCCCGACGCCGUUGCCAACAAGAAGCUCAUUCUCGAGACGGUUUCCGACAUUCGAUCUGCCAAGGAGUUUGACCAACUGUUCGACAAGCACCCCGAAAUUGGCAAAGUGCUGCACACUGCCUCUCCUUUCCACUUCAACAUCAAGGACCCAAUCAAGGACAUGCUGGAGCCGGCCGUGGAGGGCACAAACACAGUGCUGCAGUCUGUGCUGAAACACGGUCCCCAGGUGACCAAGGUGGUGGUCACGUCGUCGUUUGUGUCCAUGCUGACCGCCGACGACAUGUUCGAUCCCUCCGUGACCGUGGACGAGAAGAGCUGGAACCGAAUCACCUGGGAGCAGGGCGCCGGCAAUGUGGAGUUUCUGACCUACUUUGCAUCCAAGAAGUUUGCCGAGAAGGCUGCUUGGGACUUUGUUGAGAACGAAAAGCCCUUUUUCCAGCUCACCACCGUCAACCCUUCUCUGGUGUUUGGCCCCUCCAUCACCAAGCCCGACCUCAAGAGCCUCAACACCUCCAACGGAGACAUUGUCACUCAUGCUCUGGAGGUCAAGGACUCUGAUGAAGGCGUCGGACAGUACAACUCCUUCUGCGUCGACGUGCGAGACGUUGCCAAGGGUCAUGUGGUUGCUCUGGACGACAAGACCAAUGGAAAGCGACUCAUGCUCUGUUCCGACAAGUUUUGCUCCCAGCGACUGCUUAACUACAUCAACGAGGACUUCCCCGAGCUCAAGGGCAAGAUUGCCGUUGGUCAUCCUGAUCAGGUCGAAGCCAUUGAGGCCAAGACCUUCAACUUUGACAACACCGAGACCAAGAAGCUGCUUGGGUUCGAGUUUACUCCUCUCCGAGAAACCAUCCACGACUUCGUUGCCCAGUGGUUGGAAGUUAAGAAGGAGGAGUAG